UACUAAAUAUGGUGGUUAUCAAACUGAGCAUCAUGCGUUUGCAGUAUUUCCCAUCAUAAGCUAAUAAUGGGCAUUCUUGGAUAUCUUAUGCCGUUAGUGAGUGUGAAUUACCCUCACCAAUCCUGAUAUUACUGGCACUUUGGCGGAAUAGUAGAUAGUGUCUACAUGAAAGGAAGCAAAUAUUAUUAUGUCUUUUUGGAAGGGCAUGUAGGUGACAUCAUCCGUUCAUUUAUCAUCAGUAAAAGAGCUAGGUGAUAACAGAAUAUGUAUAUUUUUCCUAUUCUUUUAUUGUUUUUUGAUGAAGUAUUUCCUAUGGCAAUGGUUUUCAGACAUUAGUUUCUACCACAAUAAUCCGAGGACAUUUUAAAAAUUCCUGAGUCUUACUCUCAGAGAUUAUAAUACACUUGGUCUAGGGUAGAGCGCAGGAAUCUGCAUUUUUAAAAAUCACCCUGUAUGAUUCUGAACCUGAGGAGUAGGGAACUAUAACUUGAGCAGCACUGCUCUACAGAGGAGAAUUUUUCCUUCUUUAAAUAACCCUGUGAUUUUUGAAGAGUUUGUUCACUGCUGGGCGACAUUUUGUGGGUUUCUGUUAGGUUUCUGUUAACUGGCUGAAUCGAUAACCGUCAUAACCAGUUCCAGGCCUCUGAUUGGCCAGAACUGUGUAUUCCGUUGAGGAAGUAGAUGGCAGCUUUAUAAGGAUAACGGAUUUGGGGCGGGGCUAGGGGAAGACAAAAUGGCUGCCAGCCUCAUGGCGCCAAGCACUCAAAUGUGAAGAACAGAAAAUAAAAUCUUCUGGGGAGGUCUUCCCUGUUCAGUAGCAGAAACAAAUAGAAUGCAGGCUGCUUGAUAUACCAGCAAGUGAAGAACUAAGGAGAGUAUCUAUCCUUGUUCUCCUUGGCAACUGAGAGUCUGCUCUGAAAACCAUCAGGCACCAUGGGGAAGCGGGAUAAUCGGGUGGCCUACAUGAAUCCUAUAGCAAUGGCCAGAUGGAGAGGCCCAACUCAAUCUGCAGGCCCAACAAUCCAAGAUUACCUAAAUCGACCAAGGCCCACCUGGGAAGAAGUGAAGAAACAAUUAGAAAAGAAAAAGAAAGGCUCUAAAGCAUUGGCUGAAUUUGAAGAAAAAAUGAAUGAGAAUUGGAAGAAAGAGCUUGAAAAAAGCAGAGAGAAAUUAUUAAGUGGAAAUGAGAGCUCAUCUAAAAAAAGAGAAAGAAAGAAAAGGAAAAAAAAGAAAUCGUGUCAGCCUUCAUCUUCUUCUUCAUCAAGCUCUGAUUCUUCAAGCAGUUCUUCAGAUUCUGAGGAUGAGGAAAAGAAACAAGGAAAAAAGAGAAAGAAAAAGAAGAACCGUUCAUAUAAAUCAUCACAAAGCUCUACAUGUGAAUCGGAAUCAGAAAGCAAGGAAUCUUCAAAAAAGAAAAAGAAGUCAGAGGAUGAAACAGAGAAAGAAAAGUAUGCUAGAAGCCUCAGCAAGAAAAGAAAGAAAACUUAUCCUGAAGAAAAACCUUUAUCAUCUGAGUCCUCAUCAGAAUCAGAUUAUGAAGAAGAGAUGCAAUCAAAAAAGAAGAGAAGACAUGAAGAGCGAGAAAAAGUAGUGGAUAAAGUGAAGAAGAAGAAGAAGAAGAAACAGCACAAGAAACAUAGUAAGAAGAAGAAAAAGAAGUCUGCUUCCAGUCACAAGUCAGGGUAACAUCAAGAAAAAAAAGCAAGAUUUCCAUGCUUUAAAAAAGCAAAGUCAAAAGGAAACUUCAACUGUGAAAGUUAGGGCAUAUUUACCAAAUGCAUGAAUUUACCUGUGUUAGUAGAAUUAUUCCUGGACUUUGAGUUGCCAGUCAAAUGCCACUGUGCCAGAAAGGGCCGUAAUUGUUGCCUGCAGCUUAAAUAUUAAUAUAUGGUUUGUUUUGUUUGUUUGUUUGUUUGUUUGUUUGUUUGUCUGUGUUUCCUUCCAGUGGUUAAUUCCUCUGGGAACUAAAACUGUUGUUAUACUAGUGGUUAAAAUGUUGGGAAUUAAAGUAAAAUGCUUUAGAUAAUGAAUAAUUUUGACCAAAAAUAUGUAUCUAUGGUUAAAUGUAUCUAAUUUGGAUACAUCUUUAAAAUAUAAUCAGAAAUUUCCAGAUGAUUGUAGCUGACAUUUUUGAAGUAAGGAAUUAACAUUGAUGUCUCAAAAUCCUUACUUUUAUGGAUGAGUUGAGUUUAUUUUACUUUUUUCCUUAAUAAACUUUUGUUUACAUGGGGAAAGGGCUUGUGGGGGUGGGAGGGGAAGUGUUUGCUAAUCAGUUUGGCUAGCUGAAUAGUGUGCCUUUGAUCCUUACACACCCUAAUUUUGCCAGUGCAGCAGCCAUUCUUUUCUUACUUAGUGAAAUUCUGGGAUGUUGUAUGCUUCUCUACGUGAACAAGAAAGACACCAGUUUACAGCAUAAGUAUGUCUCCAUAGCUAUGAAAUUUACCUCCACUUAAGCACUAGUCACUAUACAGUACUGAGUAGUAUUUAGUAUUUGAAUAUUACAUGAUUUGAAUUAACUUUGGUACCCUUUCAAAGGGAAUCAUUUUAAAUAGACCCUGAUAUUUUUGAUUACGAAAGAUUAUGAAUUUUUUUGCACGUUUUAUACUAUUGUUUUAAUUAUCCAGCAAUAUUCUAUAUAACCAGUUUUUUUAAAUAUAAUUUAUGCUUAGCAUACAAGUUUCAAGUUUGUAGUUUCUUAAUCUUGCUAUAUUAAUUUUGUUACUGUGUUUAAUUGCACACUUGCCAAAAUACUUAGCAUGUGAAAAGAAGGUUUUUAAAAAAUAUUCAAUGCCUUCAUAUUGAAGCUGGUUUACUGUAAGCAAGUUGAGUGCCAGACCUCUAGUACGCUCUGUGUCUUCUUACGUAAAACUACUGCCAAAAUCUUAGUAAGUAUGCUGUUAAAAGUUUGUUGUCUUAAGCAUUAAUAUUGAAUUAAAAUAGGAGUUAAAUUUAGGUAAUAGUAACAUCUUUGAUCUUACUGUGUCCAUAUUUUACUAAGAUUUGGUGCCUUGUGUAUGUUGCUGAUUCACUUUUGCCACUAAUGUUAAAAGGAGUUGAAAAAUUUAUUUUUACUUUACAUUUUUAUAUAUCAGAGUAACAUCAAUUAUAAAUUUAUGUAUCAAAAACACCUAUAACAGAGGAUGUGCUGAUUGUAAUGUCAUAGGUACAAAGUAUUUUGGUGUGAUGAGAAGCUCAAUAGCUAUUGUUUUUACAUUGCUGAUUUUGUCUCAGAUCCCUUGGAUCACAAGUAAAAUUAUAAUGAUAGAAAACAUCUAGUAGAUAAAUAACCUGUCAUCUCACCAAAUUUUUGCAGUGGAAGUAUCGGAACCUCUCAGUAAGGUUCUUGGAACGUUAUGGUAAUGCCAUGUUAGAUCACCUUGGAGCUUCAUAACUAGCUUUUUCCUAAAAAUAUAUCUAUAUGUAUAUGCUGGUAAAAACUAUUACAUUUAUGGGAUAUUUUGUAUUCAUAUAGAGUUUUUCAAAAUUGUUGUUCAUUAAAAUGUUUUUUAAAAGCUUAUAUUAUUUGUAGAAUAUGGCAAAGACAUUUACAGCUCAUCAUAUAUCUAUGUGCUCCCAUUCACUUCCCAGCCCCUUAUAGUUAGGCGAUGCCAUUCGACUACUUCUAGCAGAGGGAUUGUACACAGAAGUGAUGUUUUGUUUCCAUACUGGAGCAGUAAAAAGUCCUGCAUGACCCUCCAGCUCUCUCUUACCUGCCUCAGUGGCCUGAAUGAAAUGUGUUCCAAAUGGCAUACCUACAAGAUGGAUGCACCCUGGAUCUCUAAGUUGCUGUUUAGAAGGGACCUGCCCUGGAGUGCUGAUGGACUUGCAGUACACUUUUUGAGAAUAAGAAAUAAACUGUUAUGUGUUAAGCCACUGA